AUUAUAAUUACGCAGCUUAGUGAGAGGAGGAGGGGGUGUCUUCGGUACACAUUGGUCGUCCUUUCUUACCUCUAUCUGAAUCCUCCUUCACAUUUUCCUUAACUCCACAGGUUUUCUAUCGAGUGCAAGGUUUAUUUAGUAGCCUGAUGGCAGCUGUCAGUAAGACAUUUGAACAUGUGAAAGCGACCAUCUUAGCAGCUCAUGAAGGCACCACAUCAGGAGUAAAGGUCAACUUCUACAACUCCUGGGCAGAGACCUAUGAUCAGGAUCUGGCUCUUCUGGACUACCGUGCACCAAGUCUGGCAGUAAACAGCAUCUCAUCCCAUUUCAGCGGUGAUCGGGAAGCAGCUGUAGUGUUGGAUGUGGCCUGUGGCACAGGACUGGUGGCCAAACAGAUGAAGAGACAUGGAUUUGGACAUUUUGUGGGGAUUGAUGGAAGCGAGGCUAUGCUGAUGUUGGCCAGAGAGAGCGGGUUAUACCAGGACCUGAAGCAGUCCAUGCUGGGAGAGAGGCCACUCCCGGUCCAGAAGGGUUUGUUUGAUGUGGUUGUGAUCGUUGGAGCACUAAGUGUUGGUCAGGUCCCGGUUGGUGUCGUCAGAGAGUUGUGCAAGUCCGCCAAACCAGGUGGCCACGUUUGCAUGACAACCAGAAGUAACCAUACCAACAUGGAAUACAAAGCCGCCCUGGAGCGUGAGCUGAAGCAGAUGGAGGCCGAAGGGCUCUGGACUUGUGUAGAGGUCGCUGAGGUGGAGGACUGGGAGAGAGGGGUGUCAGAGGAGGAUGUCGGCUACAUAUCUGGUGCUGUGUACCUCUAUAAGAAACUACAACUAUAGCACAUUGCACAACAACGAAGAUGUGACAUCACACCGAAGGUGUACACUAUCUUGUGGCUGUGCAGUAAAUUCCUCCUAAUAGAAAAUUAUUGUAUAAACAUGA